UGUCUGUAAAUAUCCAGCUGUCUCCAUUAUGUGUAAACUUCCAUCCAAAUCUAAAAUAUACUCGCUAACCUCCAGUAUGUGUAAAUAUUCAGCUAUAGUCAGUAGAUGGCGCAUUUCUUUCCUUACUUGCCGCCAUGAAUAUGACGCAAACGCAACGCCCCCUUCUUGGGUCAAAAUGGCGCUCCCCAUAGUGGUGGUGUGCUGGCGUGUUAGUACGUGUAGAUCACGAUAUUUACUGACAAAGGUCAGCACGGGUUCCUCAUUUAGCACCAGGUUACACUCCUCUGCCAAUGACGGAGACGGACUCUUAUCGGCGCUGAGCAGACGGGGUGUUUUAAAGGACGCCUUCCCUGAAUCGGCCGCCCAGGUUCAGCUUCCUCAGCUGCUCCUGGCCGGCCCGCAGUGCGUGUACUGCGGCUUCGACCCCACCGCGGACAGCUUACAUGUGGGGAACUUACUGGCCAUCAUCGGGCUGCUGCAUUUCAGAAAGGCUGGCCAUGAUGUCAUCGCGCUGGUCGGCGGCGCUACGGCGAGUAUCGGAGAUCCCAGCGGCAAGACCGCCGAGAGGGAGCGGCUGUCCUCGGAGGUUAUCGAGAGCAACAUCGCGGGCAUACGACAGAAUCUGGAGUGCAUUUUCACCAACCAUGAACUGUACUUCUGCCAGAACUCUCCCAAGCUCGGCACGGUGACCGUACUGGAUAACGACAGCUGGUACCGGAGGUGGAACAUGAUCUCUUUUCUAUCUGAAGUAGGGAGGCACUUCCGCAUGGGCACCAUGCUGAGCAGGCACAGCGUGCAGACCCGGCUGAAAAGCCCGGAGGGCAUGAGCCUCACAGAGUUCUCUUACCAGGUUUUCCAAGCUUACGACUUUUAUCACCUAAACCAACAGUACAAUUGCAAGAUUCAGCUCGGAGGGACCGACCAGCUGGGUAACUUGAUGUCUGGACACGAAUUUAUUCACAAGGUGACCGGACAAGAAGUGUAUGGCCUCACUGUUCCUCUGGUAACCAGUUCAGCUGGAGACAAGCUGGGUAAGACGGCAGGCAACGCCGUGUGGCUGAACAGGGACAGGACAUCACCCUUUGACCUGUACCAGUACUUUCUCCGGCAGCCUGACGCCAGUGUGGGCAGGUACCUGAGGCUCUUCACCUUUCUCCCUCUGGCUGAGGUGGACCACGUGAUGGAGCAGCAACAGCGGGACCCAGGGAGGCGGCCCGCGCAAAGACGCCUGGCUGCAGAGGUCACCAAGUUAGUCCACGGCAAAGAAGGCCUGGAGAGUGCCAAGAGGUGCACCAACGUGCUCUACCAUAACAGCCUGCAGGCCCUGGAGCAGAUGAGUGAUGCAGAGCUACAGGAGCUCUUCAAAGAGGCCCCUUUCCUAGAGAUGCUUAUUGAACCUGGGACCACAGUGCUGGAAGCGUGCAGACAGGCCAAGGCCAUCCCUGAUGGGGCCAGGGGGUACAGCAUGGUGUCAGAGGGAGCCGUGUGGAUCAACCAUAACUGCGUUCACAACCCCGAGCAGGUGCUGAUCAGGGGACAGCACAUCCUGACCAAUGGACUAACCCUUCUCCGGGUGGGAAAGAGGAACUAUUAUAUCCUGAAGUGGCUGGGCCUCUGACGUGCCAGGCCCUCUAAAACUUUCUACACAAUGCUACAUGAUUCUCCAGAGUGUGAGAGUACCCUGAAAUUAUGCAGAAUAAUAAAGAGUCACAGAUAAUUUGGACACUAUUUUUUUCUUGCUGUGAACAUGAGCAUUAUCCUUUUGUAAAAUAUAUUUAAUGUGUAACUAUUUAAUGGGUCACGUUGUGCUUUAUCUUCUCUGGAAUUAUAGACUAAGUACUUUUUUAUCCAGUUAUAGCUGGAUAUUUUAUUCGGGCAUUUGAGGUUCAAUAUAUUGCAUAAGGGAUUAAGAUCAUGGCCAUCCUGGCUGUUCCUGGGAGUUGAGCCUGUGACCUUCACAUUAGGACCCCUGCUGGUCAUCUGUGUUCCUUUUCCUGCUGGGGGGGUUCCUUGAGAGAAACAUGACAAACCCCUGGAAUCCUCGGUGUGUGCAGAUAUUUGUAACAAUAGAAUGCUUAAAUGACGCUACAUGAUUGAGUUGUUGAUCGAAUUGUGACCCUGAUUUUAUUAUAUUUUGGGGUGACAUUUUUAAUCCUUUGUUUGCUCUUCCUGCUAUCUAUUGAUACAAUUUCUUUAACUCUGAAAAUACAUAAAUAUUUAAAGGAGUCAUUUAAUUAGUUACUUAUUUACCAAUUGAAUUAUCCUGUUGAAGUAUUUGUAGUGUUUCUCAUCUAGAUCACUGAUUUGCAAAAACAAGUAUUAGCAGGAUCCUGAUAUUGUAAUUGUCAGGUUUUGAUUAGUAUUGACAAGAUUAUUAGACUGAAUUUGGAGGCUGGCUGGAUUUUGCUACAAUGCUUGGUUCCCUACAGAUCAUACUGAGAUAUCUAGUCAUCCAUUUUCACACCUUUCUUGCCCAGUUAGUAUCACUGAUCUGCAGCUGGCAGUGAAUCAGACUAUUCAGUUAGAUUUAUUCUUAUUAAUCGUACCAACAUGUUUGACCCAGCGCAAUUAAUGCAUGCAUGGAAAAACUAUACGUCUGAUGCAGAGGACUUGUGUACACAAACUUAUAGGAUAGGAAAAAACAACAAACUCGAGUGCUGAUGUUACGAUUGUGCUAGGAAAAUGAGAAUAUAUAUAUUAAAUGUUACGACCUGA